UUGUCUUUCUAUUUUCUGUAAAAUCCACUCUCAAAUAUUCAAACCACAUUUCAUUAUUUCAUUUUUUCAUAUAUAUAUAUAUGCUCUUUUCAUCAAAAAGCUCAUAAAUCACUCUGAAAUAUUCCAAUUUCCAAAACUUAAUUCCUUUUUUUUUUCCUAUUCCUUACAGCAAAAUGAUGUUUGAAAACAGUGAAUUUAUGAAUGAUUUUGAGCUUCUUGAAUCAAUAAGACAACACUUACUUGAAGAUUGGGAAUCUCCUGUUACAACAAUUUCUGGACAUUCUAUAGCUACUUCUCUUUCUUGCCACAGCAAUAAUAGCAUUGAGACUCAAAUGUUUCCUAACUUAUUCUCUGAUAAUUGGGAAAAUUUCCCAAUGAAUGAAAAUGACACGGAGAACAUGUUUAUUUACAACAAUGCCACUAAUGAGUCCUCAGCAUCUACUAUCAAACUCGAGCCUGAAGUUAGUGUUAGCAAUAUCAUUGAGACCCAAAUGUUUUCUAAUUUCUUCUCUAAUAAUUGGGAAAAUUUCCCGAUGAAUGAAAAUGACACAGAAAACAUGUUUAUUUACAACAAUGUCAUUAAUGGGUCUUCGACAUCUACUAUCAAGAAGUCAGAGAGAGCUCAUGCGGCAUCUGCUAUCCAGAAGUCAGGGAGAGCUCAUGGAGAGAGAAAGCCAGUGUCGAAAUCAAUGCAUUACAGGGGAGUAAGACAAAGGCCAUGGGGGAAAUUCGCGGCAGAGAUUAGGGACCCAGCGAAGAAUGGGGCGAGGGUUUGGCUGGGGACGUACGAGACGGCAGAGGACGCGGCGUUGGCUUAUGAUAAGGCGGCGUAUAGGAUUCGGGGUUCACGUGCAUUGUUGAAUUUUCCGUUGAGGGUUAAUUCGGGUGAACCUGAACCGGUUAGGGUUUGUUCGAAGAGGUCGUCAAUAUCGCCAGAGAGUUCUUCGUCCUCGUCGUCGGACAAUGCGUCGACGAAGAGGACGAAGAAAGUUGCUCAAUUGUAUAAUUGAGCAGAUAUCGGUAAAAAUAAGUGCGGAAUUUGGAAUUUUUUUAAAUUUUAUUAAUCCAUUUCUGAAAUCUCUUUGUAAAAAUUUCUUCU